GAACCGCGAGGAGAAGGCGGAGUCAUCCAGAGUUUGAGCUUUUCUGUCCAAUCGAAAGGAGGUGGUAGCAGGAGGCGGGGAGAUAAAGCGCGAGCUGGAGACCAAGAAUCUUGGCCAGUUACAAGAGCUCUCUGGGCCCAGCAGUAGUUUCUCAGCUUUGUUCUUCUGUCAAGGGAGCGCAGCGGAUUCCAAGGCCGACUCCAGCAAUGGCCUUUGCAAAUCUACGGAAAGUACUCAUUAGUGAUAGCCUAGACCCUUGCUGCAGGAAGAUCUUGCAAGAUGGAGGGCUGCAGGUGGUGGAGAAGCAGAACCUGAGUAAAGAGGAACUGAUAGCCGAGCUGCAGGACUGUGAAGGCCUUAUCAUCCGCUCAGCCACUAAGGUGACUGCUGAUGUCAUCAAUGCAGCAGAGAAGCUCCAGGUGGUGGGCAGGGCUGGCACAGGCGUGGACAACGUGGAUCUGGAGGCUGCGACAAGGAAGGGUGUUCUGGUCAUGAACACCCCCAAUGGGAACAGCCUCAGUGCUGCAGAGCUCACCUGUGGAAUGAUCAUGUGCCUGGCCAGGCAGAUUCCCCAGGCAACAGCUUCAAUGAAGAAUGGCAAGUGGGACCGGAAGAAGUUCAUGGGGACAGAGCUAAAUGGAAAGACCCUGGGAAUUCUUGGCCUAGGCAGAAUUGGGAGAGAGGUAGCCACACGGAUGCAAUCCUUUGGGAUGAAGACUAUAGGGUAUGACCCCAUCAUUCCUCCAGAGGUCUCUUCCUCCUUUGGAGUUCAGCAGCUGCCGCUGGAGGAGAUCUGGCCUGUCUGUGAUUUCAUCACAGUGCACACACCACUCCUGCCCUCCACGACAGGCUUGCUGAAUGACAGCACCUUUGCCCAGUGCAAGAAAGGGGUGCGUGUGGUGAACUGUGCUCGGGGAGGGAUUGUGGACGAAGGCGCCCUGCUCCGGGCCCUGCAAUCUGGUCAGUGUGCUGGAGCUGCGCUGGACGUGUUUACCGAGGAACCACCACGAGACCGAGCCUUGGUGGACCACGAGAAUGUCAUCAGCUGCCCCCACCUGGGCGCCAGCACCAUGGAAGCCCAGAGCCGCUGCGGUGAGGAAAUCGCCAUCCAGUUUGUGGACAUGGUGAAGGGGAGAUCUCUUGUAGGGGUCGUAAAUGCUCAGGCCCUUACCAGUGCCUUCUCUCCACACACCAAGCCGUGGAUUGGUCUGGCAGAAGCUCUGGGGUCACUGAUGCGAGCCUGGGCCGGGUCCCCCAAAGGGACCAUCCAGGUGGUGACACAGGGAACAUCCCUGAAGAAUGCUGGGAACUGCCUAAGGCCUGCCGUCAUCGUGGGCCUCCUGAAGGAAGCUUCCAACCAGGCAGAUGUGAACUUGGUGAAUGCCAAGCUGCUGGUGAAAGAGGCUGGGCUCAAUGUUACCACCUCCCACAGCCCUGCUGCUCCCCUGCUCCCAGGAGAGCAGCAGGGCUGUGGGGAAUGCCUCCUGACCGUGACCCUGGCAGGCGCCCCCUACCAAGCUGUGGGCUCAGUGCAGGGCACCACACCUGUGCUGCAGGCGCUCAAUGGAGCUGUCUUCAGGCCAGAAGUGCCUCUCCGCAGGGGCUUGCCCCUGCUCAUGUUCCGGGCUCAGCCCUCCAACCCCGCCAUGCUGCCUACCAUGAUUGGCCUCCUGGCAGAGGCAGGUGUGCAGCUGCUGUCCUACCAGACCUCAGUGGUGCUGAAUGGGGAGACCUGGCAUGUCAUGGGCAUCUCUUCCCUGCUGCCCAGCCUGGAGGCAUGGAAGCAGCAUGUGACUGAGGCCUUCCAGUUCCAUUUCUAACCUUGGAGCUCAUUGGUCCCAGUCUCUGCUGCUUUUCUGAAGAAACCUGCUUGCUGUGACCAACAGGAAGAGAAGGUCCACAUUCCCCGGGCUCACCAUGAGCCACUAACAACUGCCUCUACUGUAGACCUCAUCGGACCCCUGUAGUGCAGCAAUAACUAUCUAAUAAAGAGCUGACCCC